AUGUCCUUCGAUCGCCUCGUCCGAUUCGUGCCCAAGGGCGACGACAGCAAGAUCCUCGUCGGCGAGCCCUCCGAUAGUUCCGUUGACGUCGGCGCUGCCGUUCGCAAGGGCGAGGAUGUCCAGGUCAAGGUGUACAGCGGCAAGUCGGUCCUGAACGCCGGGUCGCCGACGGGCGAGACUGCCGUGAUCGGCCGCAUCCUGUCGCCUCUGGCACAGGAGGAGGUCGGCACCAUUCGCUGCAUCGGGCUGAAUUACAAGCAGCACGCCCAGGAAGCGAUGAUGGCCCUCCCCGAUAUCCCCACCGUUUUUCUUAAACCCUCGACCUCCCUCGCAGACCCCUACCCCGCGCCGACCAUCAUCCCCAAGCACACCAUCGCUUCGAACUCGGCCGACUACGAGUCCGAACUGGCGGUCAUCAUCGGCAAGGAGGCCAAAAACGUCUCGGAAGCCGACGCGCUCGACUACGUGCUGGGAUACACGGCCAGCAACGACAUCUCGAGCCGGUCGGCGCAGUUUGCGCAGUCGCAGUGGUGCUACUCAAAAGGCUUCGACGGCGCGUGCCCGAUCGGCCCUGUCCUGGUCAACAAAACGCUCGUGCCGGACGUCGGAGCGCUCAAGAUGAGGGGGCUGAAGAAUGGGAAGGUGGUGCAGGAGAGCCCAUUGACGGACCUCAUCUUCUCGGUCCCGAAGAUCGUCAGCUUCCUCUCGCAGGGCACGACGCUGCCCAAGGGCACUGUUAUCAUCACGGGCACGCCGGCCGGUGUUGGGUUUGCGCACAAACCGCAGGAGUUGCUGCAUGAUGGGGAUGAGUUCGUUGUUGAAAUCCUCCCGCACAUUGGCAGUCUGUACAAUGUGAUGCAGAACGAGAAAUGA